CUUCAAACAAAAGGCACAAGCAAACUUAGGGGCCUUUCGAACAAAUAUGUGAGAGGUGAGGGCCAAAUAGUGUCAUUCUAAAUACGCUUAUGUAACUUUCUAUGUAGAUGUUCAUACUGCAUUUCUGCUAGUAAAAUUACAGCGCAGCAAGAAACUCAUUGAUCGAUUAUAAUCGUCAGCUAAUCAUAAACCUUUUCUACAAUUUCAUCCCUUGUUUUCCAUCGCAGAAAGCUGACGUAGCACGCAUCUCCUGUACCCAACUGCCCGACCCACGGGGAGAUAGCGUUCGAAUCGAUCAAUGGAUUUGUCUGAAUUGUGGGCAAUAUUUGGUCCAGGCGUUGCCGGCGCCGUUUUUGGAGCCGGCUGGUGGUUUUGGGUUGACGCCGUCGUUUGCAGUUCUGUGCAAGUCUCGUUUCUCCACUACCUACCGGGAAUAUUUGCAUCUUUGGCUGCGUUGAUGUUUAAUUGUGUUAGAAGAGAGGACAUCGACUACUCUCCCUAUGAAGAAGGUGAAUGGAGGUUGAAGCUUUGGCUUUUCCUAGCAUAUGUUGUGUCAUUUGUGUCCUUGGCAGCGUCAGUAGGGUUGUUGAUACAAGACGCACUUGUGCCUGAAGGUCCUUCUGCUUGGACAGGAACUGCAGGUGUUUUGCAGUGUGUGCUUGUCUUAAUUAGUGGGCUUGUUUAUUGGACAUCUCAUUCGGAGUAAGAGGAGGAAUGAGUGAAGGGAGACAUUUGUGGUUUUGCGUGUUAAAAUGCUCUUGCUCUUGUAUAUGUAUGUGGCUCUGUUGAUGAUCCAAGCAACAGAUACAUAGUAAAACAGUGUUUAAAGUGAGUGAUUGACCGAAUUAUUUUACACUUGUUUAUAUGACCUUCCUUACCUAUUGGUUAUCGUUUAUCUUUGCUUCUCAGCUUCUUUUUAAUGUGUUUGUGUUUGUGUUUGUUUGUGUAUGUGAUCAUCUUUGGUAUAUGAAAUAAAACCAACUUUAAUAGUUAAAAGGAAAAA